ACUCACAUAUAAGCAUGGCACCAAUCCCACCUGGCACCCGCUUCCUGGCAUCCUUCAAUAGGGACCAGUGGUACAGGGCCUUCACGUUUGCACUCACGUUCCUGCUCUACACCAGCUUCCAUCUGUCCAGGAAGCCCAUCAGCAUUGUCAAGAGUGAGCUGCAUAAGAACUGCUCUCAUGUCAUGCGAGUGCCUACAGAGAGCAGCAGCAGUCAGCAGCCUGUGCUUCACCCAGAACUAGACUGCAGCUGGAAACCAUUCAACAGAAAUAACUAUAAGCAGUUACUCGGAGCAAUGGAUUACUCUUUCCUGUGUGCUUAUGCCAUAGGCAUGUAUCUCAGUGGAAUAAUUGGAGAGCGUUUGCCCAUUCGCCUGUACCUGACUGUGGGCAUGUUGACCAGUGGUCUUUUCACCUGUCUCUUUGGACUGGGAUACGUCUAUGACAUCCAUUGCCUGGGCUUCUAUAUAUUUGUUCAGGUGGCCAAUGGUUUGGUUCAGACCACUGGUUGGCCUAGUGUUGUGACUUGCAUUGGUAACUGGUUUGGCAAGGGCAGGAGAGGCCUCAUCAUGGGUCUGUGGAACUCUCACACAUCAGUGGGCAACAUUCUGGGCUCUUUGAUCGCUGGAUAUUAUGUCUCCUCUAACUGGGGUCUGUCCUUUAUCGUUCCUGGAGUUAUCAUCGCUGCUAUGGGAGUCAUCUGCUUCCUCUUUCUUAUAGAGCACCCUAAUGAUCUGAAGAUCGCCAGUGCACAGAGCUCAGCUCCAAGCAGUCACAAGGUUCAUACAAACUGGAAUGGUAUGAAUGGACAAAAAGACCUUUACUUGCAGUACAACCCAGGAGCUAAAGCACAGAGCUGGGACACAGAGCUUCUGCUAGGACAGGAGAGCAUUGGAGUGUGUGUUCCUGUGCAGCAGGUGGUGGUGGUGAAGAGCGAGGCAGAACCAUCAGCCAUCAGCUUCAUGGGAGCUUUACGCAUUCCUGGUGUGGUGGAGUUCUCGCUUUGUCUGCUGUUUGCCAAGUUGGUCAGUUAUACCUUCCUCUUCUGGCUCCCCCUCUAUAUCACUAAAGCAGCUCACCUUGAUGCCAAGAAAGCUGGAGACCUUUCAACUCUGUUUGAUGUGGGAGGCAUUGUUGGCGGGAUCCUGGCUGGAGUGAUCUCUGAUAAGUUGGGAAAGAGGGCCACCACUUGUGCUGUGAUGCUUCUGCUGGCUGCGCCCACACUCUACGGCUUCUCUAUGAUGAGUCAGUUUGGUCUGGGUCCCACUAUCGGCAUGCUGCUGGUGUGUGGUGGUUUAGUCAAUGGACCGUAUGCGCUCAUCACAACAGCUGUCUCUGCUGGCUUGGGUACACACAAGAGUCUGAAGGGCAAUGCCAGGGCUCUGUCUACGGUUACAGCUAUUAUAGAUGGCACUGGAUCUAUUGGUGCUGCAGUUGGACCUUUGUUGGCAGGGUUGCUGUCCUCACAAGGCUGGGAUCAAGUCUUAUACAUGCUCAUGACUGCAGACUUUUUAGCACUGCUGGUGGUUUUCAGCCGUUUCUGCAGCCCAUGUGAUAUAAAAGAGUUAUUCUGCACUGCCACAGGGCUCUCCAGGAACACAACCAUCUCCCUUCUGGACUCAACAGGAGCAAUGGUCUCCAUUGACCCCACAAUGCCAAACAACUCAGAGAGGUCACCGUACAAAGUGGUGCCAAUAACUGGCGGACAACUUGCAGAUAAAGAGGAGCUUUUCCAGAAUGUUUUGACCCAGGUAGCAGAGCAGUUCUCCAGGGCAUUUAAAAUCAACGAACUGAAGACUGAGGUGACAAAUCGCCUAGCCAUGCUGGAGAAGAGAGUGGAGUUGGAGGGGAUGAAGGUGGUGGAGAUCGAGAAAUGUCGCAGUGACAUCAAGAAGCUGCGGGAGGAGAUGGCCUCCAGGAACAGCAGUAGUUUCCUAGAUGACAACAAGAAGUUAACUCCUCGCAGAGAUGUGCCUUCAUACCCAAAGUACCACCUCUCACAGGAGACAGUAGAAGCUUUGAGGCAGCCAGUCUUCGAUGUGUGGCAAUGGGAACCUAACGAGAUGCUGAGUUGUUUGGAGCAUAUGUACCAUGACCUCGGGCUGGUAAAGGACUUAAAUAUUAACCCCAUCACGCUGAAAAGAUGGCUGCUUUGCAUCCAUGACAAUUACCGGAGUAAUCCAUUUCAUAAUUUCCGUCACUGCUUCUGCGUCACUCAGAUGAUGUACAGCAUGAUCUACCUCUGCAACCUACAGGAAAAGUUCACACAAGUAGAUAUUCUUAUUUUGAUGACAGCAGCUGUGUGUCAUGACCUGGAUCAUCCUGGGUACAACAACACGUAUCAGAUUAACGCACGCACAGAGCUGGCGGUGAGGUACAAUGACAUCUCUCCUCUGGAGAACCAUCACUGUGCCGUGGCCUUCCAGAUAUUCUCUCAGUCUGACUGCAACAUCUUUGCCAACUUUGAUCCUGAAGCCUUCAAACAGAUUCGUCAGGGAACCAUCAACCUGAUACUGGCCACAGACAUGGCCCGACAUGGAGAGAUUCUGGACUCUUUCAAACAGAAAGUGGAUUACUUUGACUUCACUAAUGAGGAGCAUGUUACUUGUCUAAAGAUGGUGUUGAUCAAGUGCUGUGACAUCUCUAAUGAGGUUCGGCCGAUGGAGGUCGCUGAGCCGUGGGUGGACUGUUUGCUGGAGGAGUACUUCAUGCAGAGUGAUCGAGAAAAGGCAGAGGGUUUACCUAUCGCUCCUUUCAUGGACAGAGAAAAAGUGACCAAGCCCACUGCUCAGAUCGGCUUCAUCAAGUUCGUCCUGAUCCCCAUGUUUGAGACUGUGAUGAAGUUGUUUCCUCAGAUUGAGGAGGUAAUGGUACAGCCCUUACGAGAAUCCCGGGACAGAUACGAGGAGCUUAAGCAGAUAGAUGACGCCAUGAAUGAGGUGCAGAAAAAGAAGAGUGAAAAUUUAACAAUGGGAGGAAAAAAGAAAUGAGGAAGCUGGAAUCUCAUCAGAGGCAGUAAAAAAAAAUCCAAAGCAUCUUUCAGGG